GUAGUUCUGUCGGAGACGGAAGGGAGAUAAGAACAUCAGAAACAUCAUCACUCUUUGCUCUGUGAUCGCUCAAUUCUUGUUCUUCAACUUUACCUGAUCUAUAAAACUAGUUCAGAUUGUUUACAAGUUUGAAUGCAUAAAUCUGGCCGAUAGGAACUUAAUGCAAUCUGACAUCCCUGAGCAACACCAGAGUAAUAUCAUUCAUGAUGCAAAUAAAUGAAGGCCAUGACAGACCUUGCACUGCAAACUCAUUUUUACAAUGGAGUCAAUGGCAGCUGCUUGAUUCUCUUCUACCUACUGGUGGAUUUGCGCAUUCUCUUGGCCUGGAAGCAGCAGUUCAGUCCCACUUAGUGUCGGACUCCGACGAGCUUAAGACAUUCAUCAUUCGUCUACUGGAGAACACAGGGAGCUUGCUCCUCCCAUUUGUGUACUCAGCUUCUAUCUCACCAAAUUUACAAACCUGGCACAAGCUUGACAGAAUACUGGAUGCUACACUAACCAAUGAAGUGGGUCGAAAGGCGUCGAUCUCGCAAGGCUCUGCAUUGAUGAGGGUGGCUUCAGCUGUGUUUGCUGAGAUCCCCUCUCUCAAAAACAUGAGGGAUGCUUCUCUAGGGUUAGGGACUGUGUCUUUUCACCAUGCUCCUAUAUUUGGACUCACAUGUGGAGCAAUAGGAUUUGAUAGUGUUAGCUCUCAGAGAGCUUUCAUGUUCAUCACAAUGAGAGAUGUGAUUUCAGCUGCUACAAGACUCAAUUUGAUAGGACCCCUUGGUGCAGCAUUGCUACAACAUCAGAUUGCUCCUGUUGCAGAAGCUAUAUUGGAAAAAUGGAUGAAUCGCAAUGUGGAGGAAGCAUGCCAAACAAUGCCUUUGCUAGACACUGUGCAGGGAUGCCAUGGUUACUUGUUUUCAAGGCUGUUUUCAUCUUAAGAAGCAAAAUAGUAUUAAUGUUGCAUUUAAUAUAUUGUUGCACUUGUAAACUUUGUGUGAAAUAAUGUGCUCUUCAUGUUUUCUUUUCUUUUGCUUGUUGAAACAUUGUUUUGGAACUUCGAAUAGUGCUAGCUCCUCACUUUGCUCUGGCUGA